GUGGAGUGCAUCAAGUUGGCUAAGGCGUGUGGAAUGGCGCCGGAAACAGCGCGUGGCACGUGCAAGCACGCCUACGGCAACAUCGAGAUCGCCUACUUCAUUGUGGCCGACGCGGUCGAGGCGCAGGUGGCGGGCAUCCUGGGGCUGACGAUCAAGCUGAAGGUCGUCGAGCGCAAGGUCAGGGUGUUGGAAAAGCCGAAGCCCUUGCCAAAUAUGCAGAUCGAUUGCGCCCCCGCGCCGUCGAGGCGCGAGCAGGUUGGCCGCUUCAGCUCGCAGGUAGUGGCGAAUCAGGAGUGGACCAAGUGCAUGCUCAAGCUGGAAAAGGAGGCCUUCGCGAUCAUGGCCCUCAUGCAGGGCGUGUGCCAGCGGCUGCAUGCUACGACGGAGCAGUGGGACAAGCGCUUGCGCGAGGUUACGGAGCAGGAGAAGCUGUUCAGGAUCAGGGAGCAGCGCGCAAAACACCCCACCACACAGGAGCAAGGUGUGUGGCAAGCACGAUGCAAGUUGCUGGCCAAAGGGCGCUGGAGAAGCAGCGCAGACAAGGACAAGCUGCAGGAGCUCUACUCGGAGGCGACAACCAAGUCCAACGAGUGCGACCAACAGCUGUUAAAGGAGCGACACGCAAAGAGAGCGGACACGAUGGACAACUCGGCAGACCCGCUAGAAGCAGCAGAGUUCACGCUGUCAGAGUGGAAGGCAUUAUGGCGGACAAGUGACCCCAUGCAGCAGCAGGUUACGCCGUGGGAGGUCGAGGCCAGAGAACAGCUGGACGACUUCACAGAGGAAGACGUGGCCAAGUUGAAAGGAUUGGCCAGGUGCGUCCGACGGGGCGUUCACGACGCGGAGAAGACGCUCGCGUGGCCUGUGCACAUGGGCACGGUUCUCUUCUUCAUGAUCCCGAAGACCUUCACCACGGAUCGGGUGAUCGGGCUGCUGCCGACCACGAUCAGACCCUGGGACUGCACAAGUUUCGGGAAGGCGGCGGAAGAUGCAGCAUGGGACGUGCUGCUCAGUCACGAGAUGGACAACCCAGACGUGGAGGACGAGUACACGGAGGCAACGAUCACGGCCAUCCUGGGCCUGGUCAAGGCUUUUGAGCGCGUAAGCCACUUCGUGCUCUGGGAGGCGGGCAAACAGCUCAAGUUUAAUACGGGCGUGUUGGCAGUGGUGUUCUCGUACUUCGCUAUGGCGAGGCGGCUUAUCGUGGGCGAGUCGGUGUCGGAGGAGACGCGCACGGUGGCCACCAUCAUCGCAGGGAGCAAGCUCUCGGUCAGAUUCCUUAAGAUGGUCAUCCAGUCGACGGUUGACGGGCUGGUGGUCGAGAGGCCCAUCGCCAAGUGGAGGAUGUACGUGGCGCUGGGCGCGUGCUUCGAGGGCUUCGACAAGCUGGGCCUCAAUUUCUCCAUCGGGAGUGCAGGCAAAGGGGCCGUCAUGGCCAGCGCGAAGUGGUUGCGCAAGGUAGUGGCCAAGGAUAUACAGCAGCGAG